CCGACUGAUCCUUGUGUCACCACCAACACGCCGCGCUACAGACUCGCGGACGAACAGAAACCUGCCACGCCAAACAACCACCAACCACGACCUCUAUGGCGCCCGCAGCUACCUCCACCGCAGCGCCCUCGGCGACCCUCCUGUCGUCCGCCGAGCUCUCAUACCUUCACACGUCCCUCUCCAUAACCCCGCCAAUCCGCCCCGACGCCCGCAAACCCACGCAAUUCCGCCCGCUCACGGCAGAGCUCGAUAUCCUCCCCUCCACGCAUGGCAGCAGUCGCCUGAUCUGGCCCGAUGGCGGCGAAUGUAUUGUUGGUAUCAAAGCGGAAGUUGAGAAGACACCAGUCCCCCCGCUCUCCUCUGAGGAUGUCCCAUCAACAACGAAACCGGAUCAACGCUCGUGGACUGAAGUAUCCGUCGAGGUCUCGGGGGCAAGAGACGACGAUCCGCUGGUGGUGCUGCUAGCGAGCAGUGUUGGUGAUCUGCUGGGACAGAAACUGGCGGGACGACUCGAGAUCGGAGAGAGGUGGCAUUGGAAGCUUUACAUCGAUAUCCUGUUGUUGACACCGCCGAUUUCGCAUCCGGCUACACUCCUUUCCCUCGCGGUUCACCUGGCGCUCAGAGUCACGAACCUACCACGGCUUGUGUCAGCGACGGACGAGGACCCGCUUUUCGACGACGAUUGGGACGCAGCGUUGCCGCUGUACCCUGCCGGCGCGGCGGCGGUGGGUGAUGUGCCAGCGAUCACCCUGUUAGUCGCGGCGGUAGGCGAUAAUGUGUUCUUUGAUCCUACCAGGGAGGAGAUGGCAGUGGCCGACUGCGUGUUGUCCGUUUCUGUGGAUUACGAUGGAAGGAUCGUUGGCCUGCGGACACUAGAAAGCGGGACGGUGGGAGAGGGAGGUGUGAAGAGGAAGGUAAUCAAGAGAAUCGUGGAACAGUGUGGUCCUGUGGGCAAAGAAGUUUUUGAGAGCCUAGAAGCCAUAGUCCAGAGCGGUUUCUAAAAUCAAACUCAAAAAUAGAGGGAUAACAAAAAUGGGUAUUUUCUC